GCAGCACACAACAAAAUUGAAGCAAAGAAGAAUCAUAUCUCAUCACCGAAGCAAGAAUCUCAAUAUUGUAAUUCUAUAUAUUGCCAUACAUAUAUGUCUGUAGAUUCUGAAACAAAUUGAGGAACCCUAGCUAAUCACAAUUCCCGAGGAUGAACGCUGGUGGCUCCCGCCCUAAAUCCUUCAGCAAACCAUCCUCCUCCGCUUCCCACCGCAAAUCACGCUGGGAGUCAUCUUCUACCAAUAAUCCGACGUCGGAUUCGAAAUCAAAUCAUCAAACCAAACAACCUCCUUCAAAUUCAAAUCCAUCUCCCAAACCUCUUACUAAUAAUAAUAACAAUACUAAUAAUAGAACACCUGCUACUCCUAGCAACAGCUCACUUCCACCGGGUUCCACAUUGCCCUUCCAUGACCUGGCCCCACCACCUCCGCCCGUACCUCCACCUCCACCUCCACCUACCUACGGCUUUCACAUGCUUGAGCGUCGUACAAUUGCUCUUGCCGAUGGUAGCGUCCGCUCUUACUUCGCUCUCCCUACCGAUUACCAGGACUUCCCUCUUCGUCCUCCCCUGCGGUUUCCUCCCCUGGGUCCCAAUCCUGACUUCCCUGGUGGUCCCCGCUUCCCUCCAAUGAGCCCUCAAGGGUUAGGGUUUCGUGAUCAUAAUCAAAAUAAGAGGAAAUUUGGUGGUGGCGGGGAAUUUAGCAGGUAUGGUAAUAAUAAUAACAAUACUAACGGGUCUUAUCAUCCGGAUCAGUUGAUGGCGGGGACAAGUACAAGUAGUAGUCCCUUUAGGAGAAGCUUUGGUGAUGAUUUUAGAGCUGCCAAACAUAUGAGAUUUGGUGAUAAUGAUCUUAAUAUUAAUAACAAUAAGCAUCCUGAAGUGGACCACAUUAAGCUAAAUAAGGCGUUUUUGCAUUUUACUAAGUUGAUUAAUGAGACUGAGGCUGACAGAAAGCGUUAUUUGGAAAAUGGCAAGCAAGGCCGCCUUAUGUGUUUGGUUUGCGGCAGGUCUUCCAAAGACUUCCCAGACACGCAUGCUCUUGUAAUGCACACGUACAACUCAGAUAAUGCUGACUUGCGUGUGGAUCACUUGGGCUUACACAAAGCUCUCUGUAUUUUAAUGGGAUGGAACUACUCAAAGCCUCCUGAUAAUGCAAAGGUGUAUCAGCUAUUACCUGCUGAUGUAGCAGCAACAAACCAAGAUGAUUUAGUUAUGUGGCCUCCUAUGGUGAUAAUUCAUAAUACAGUUACAGGAAAGGGUAAAGAUGGGCGCAUUGAAGGUCUGGGAAACAAAGCAAUGGAUAACAAAAUAAGAGAUCUUGGAUUUUCUGGUGGCAAGUCAAAGUCCUUGUAUGGAAGAGAUGGUCAUCUGGGCAUAACUCUUAUAAAGUUCAGUAGUGAUCAAUUUGGUCUGAAGGAGGCUUUGCAGCUGGCAGAACACUUUGAGAAGGAAAAUCAUGGGCGUAAGGCUUGGGGAUGCAUACAGCCUCUGUCAUUGGGUAAGGAUGAUGAGAAGAAUCCCAACCUCGUGAAGGUAGAAAGGAGUGGGGAGAAAAAAAGGAUUUUAUAUGGCUAUCUUGGAACAGCUGCUGAUCUCUACAAGGUUGAUUUUGAAACAAGGAAGAAAUUAACAAUUGAGAGCCAGAGGGACUAUAAAGCAUCCAAGUAAAUUCUAAACGACUUACAAGAGGACCAAGAGCGGACAACAGGAAAUUGUACGAUCGAGGCUUGGAUUUUUGCCUAAUUUAUUUUCACUUUCCUGAAAGAUUUCAUUGACACCUUAUCAUAAUGUCCAUUACUUGUAUUCUUGUGAUCUUAAUUACUUGAAACAUGCAUGCUUAUUUAAUGUAGUAGUUGUCCUUCAUU